UUUUUGGUUUAGGCGCGAAUGCUUGUUCGAGCUCUCGCAGGGUCGGCUCGAGGCGUUUCGCAUUCGAACGUUCGGCCGCUGCAAGCUUUCGAAUAUAAUGCGCUUGACAGACUGGGGAAUUGCGCCUUCUAGUACCUGCGAUGUUCGGAUCGAAGGUUAUUGUGAAAUAAGUGGCAAGUUCGUGGCUACAGCAGAUAUUCUUAAUCGCCUGAGUAGAAGACGUAUCGAGUGUGUUGAUGGCAAGACGUACGAGCUUGUGGGACCGUUCGACCGAGUUUCGGGUAUGGAAGGAAACAUUCCAUCCAGAAUACUCGACGCAUUUGUGCAUGGCGUGCCAGAGAACUGGAGACAAGUCAUACGAGGUUGGUCGGAGAAGGAAUACAUCACAAAGUGCCGGGGUUGCCGUGAAGCCGAAUUGACGCCGAAGGACCGAGCCCACCCUCGCCAGCGUUGUCCUUCUGAUGAAAGUUUCCAGAAGAUGCAGCGUCAAGGUGUGUCCAACUGGCAACAGCACAGACAUCAACGAGAGAGCCCUGCUACAUUCUCCUCGGUAUCUUCGUCAACCAAGCAACAAUCGACUCCCAAAAGCAGCGUGGGCAUUGCCGGUAGCAACACUUCUCCUGUGCUCCUGAAGAAAGUCAAGAUCGUCGUUGAAAGACUACCUGCGGCGGUAUUGUUGGAAAUAGUGAACGGAGCCAGUGCGGUGGGACCGAGCAGCAGCACGUCUAGUAGUGCGUCGAGAUCUGGGACGGAAACAAGAAGCCAAUCAAGUUUCAAUCAAGUAUCACUUUCUGGCAAAGCAAGGAGCAAGGUACAGAAAGAACUUGAACCAACUAUGGGCCCACUUUUGAGAAGUCUUUCAUGCCCUGCCACGCAGGCCCGUGGUGUACCAGGGGGACGUACUGAUGAAGAGUGUACACGGGCACGACCGGCUAGUGCACAGCGAAACUUGCGGAGCACAAAGCAAGAUAAGCAGGCUACUCGUGAUGCGAAUGAACAGAUCAAAACAGCAUCAACUUGUAAAAUGCUAGUGAAGGAGCAGAGCAUUUCUGGCAACACAGAUAAAACUGCAUUCCUAAAACCUGCCAGUGUUACUGCAUUGCCUGUAGCCAAACGAGCUUUACCAGUACUAGCAACAUGGAUGCACAGAAAGGAAUAUAGUCAAGAACAGAAGAAAGGCACAAAGCAGAAAGAGGAACUGAAAUUAGGUGGUGGCCAAAGGUCUUCCAGAUGUGAACAAAGGCACUGUGGUUAUGAUCCAGAGAAGGUAGACGAAUGCAAGAGCAGUAGAAGUGUGCAGACCAGGAUCGGCUGUAAUCCUGCUAGAAAGAGUGAACUCGAGGUUAAAGCAAAGUCACCAUGCGUUUUGCCAGCUACGUGCACGUCUAGCAUGGACAGUUCUCGCCAGAGUGCUUGUGGCAUGGAGCAAACAGGUAUGCAGCUCAGAAGUUCUAAACGUGACAUGUUAUCUGCAAGGCAGCAGAAAGCAACUAAAGGUCUGAGAGAGUGCACUUCCGCUAUUAUUGGGAAGCAGUAUUCAUUGCGCACCAAUAAGUCAAGCAUUACUGAGUUGAGUUCAGCCAGGCAAAAAGUGGACAACAAAAGUUCACUGUCAGAGCACCGGAAUGAGGUUGCAGAAGAUAGCAUUCUCCGUACAGAACAUGAAUGCAAACACAGUGCAAGUAAAUGUGUGCAGACUAGAAGUGGGCACUAUUCUCCAAGCAAGAACACUGAAUCUAAAGGCAAGCUUGGAGCCAAGUCACUACAUGUGUUGCCAGCUAAGCAUAAGCUCAACUUGGACAUUGUUCAGAGUGCAGCAAGUGGGAAAAAGCAAACAGAUGUUCCACACAGAAGCCGUAUAUCCCAUGACAACAUGUUUGCAAAGCAGCAGAAAGCAACUGAUAGUCUGGGAGAGUGCAGUUCCACCAUUAACCAGCAGCGUCCAUCACACACUAGGAGUAAAACGGACAGUGCAGAGUCUAUACCAGUAAAACAGAAAUUGGAUGGAAAGAAGUCAUCAGGGACCCAAAACAAGCCCGCAAGAAAGAGCAACCGUCACCCUGAAGUGCAGGAAAAACGUCGGUAUAGCACAAGGAGUUGUGCACUCGCCACUCCACUCGCUGGCAAAUCGCGCAUUGAUUUGUCAGCUAAGCACAAAUUGAACCUGGGAACUUUUCACUGCACUGCAGAUGGCAAGCAACGAACAGCUGCUCUACGCAGAAGUAGCACAUCGGGCAAAAACACAGUUACAAAGCAGGAGAAAGCAACUGAGAAAGAAGCACCGCGCAGUUCUCCCAUAGUCAGAACACGGCGUGCCUCAAGCGCCAAGUUUAACACUGGCAGUGCAGGGUCAGUGUUGGGCAAAGGUGAACAAAAAUUGAGUGACAGUUUAUCAGGACAUCAGAAUGAGGUGACAGGACAAAGGGGUGUUUCCUUGAACCGAAGAAUAGCAUCAACAAGGAAGCGUGCUAGCACAUGUUCACCUGGUAUGUCUAAGACCAGCUGCAAAACUGAUAAUUCUAAGUCAGCCUCACGCAAACAGAAAUUCAGUACAGGUUCAUCGGGACAUCAGGAUGGCACUGUUAGUCAAAGAAGAGCACCAAAAAGAAAACAUUCUCUGGCGUCUUCACCUGAAUUGUUGCCCACCAAGAAAACAUCCAGAGGUAUUUCUCAAACCAAUGUUGCAGCAAAGGUUGCAUCACGCACUAGGUCUAGUAGGGCUGAUACUGGUUCUACAGUAGGCAAGCAGAAGCCAAGUGAGACUUCCACAGGACUUCAAGAUGAUGUAAGUCAAGAGGAUGUUCACUCCAAGAACCAAAGAGAACCACUAAUGAAAUCUGUAGCCACAUCUUCACCUCUAACAUUGCCUGAGAAGACAACCACUGGUGAUAUUUCUGAAGCUAAAGCUGCAAAAAAUGAUCGUGUCAAAAAGCACAGUAAUGACACUGGCAGAAAAAGGAGGAGUUCACGAAAGCAACAAAUGUCAGUAAAAGUUCAGGGUACAGGCAGUCAUGCAGACUCUCCCAGACAGCACAGUGGUGAAGGUACUAACACUUUCAAAAGUGAAGUACAAGUAGAGCAGACAGCAUCUGAAAGUCAGAGGACAUCUGAGUUGGGUGUCCCAAGUACAUCGAAAAUGGGUCGCAGCGAACAAGUUGAGCCUUUAGCAAAACCACAACCAUGCAAGCGAGGUCACAGCACAAAUGCUCCAAGUCAGGACCUAAAGUCCAAAGCAAGCGAAUCCACAGAAGCACUGCUGGCAAUAACAGCUAGGAAGGGCACUCUCAAACGCAAGGCGCAAAUCAAGAAGCUGACAGAUGCACUGGCAGCAAAGGAAGCUUGCGAUGACAUUUACCAGGCUCAGGCCUCAGCUGCCAACAUCCCAGAUUACUUUGUCAUGUCGGAACAAUGGGAUGAUCUGUCCGAUUUCCGGGCAUCUAGAAUGACAACACCCGUGCCAAAUUCCCCUCAUCUCAGCCCUGGGAAGAGCCAGUUUUCAUUUUCUAGUGUGGGCAGUGCAUCGACACCAGAAUCGCUCACGCCAGCAGCUGCGAUCAUGCAGGCACUCCGUAAGCAAGGACAUGCUGCCAAUAUGAAAUCCUCAACGCCAAAGUCUAGGUAUAUGAAAAAAAGUCAGAAUGUAAAGGUGGUGGCAAAAGGACUGCGGAAUCUGGAGGCCAGGUUAGAGAAAGAAAGGCUGAAAGAAAACUGUGAGGACUCUGAUGAAGAAGUGGAGGACACAGACUUCGAAAGUAGUCAAGAGGAUGAACAAUUUCUUUUUAACUGAUAUAUCUAAAUUUUAGAUCUUUUGACCAUUGCACAGAGGGAGCACUUUUGUGUGAAGUAAUUUUGUCAUGCUGCUGAGUCAUUAAUCUUUGCAGCGUCAUUUAUCUUGUAAAUUACCAGCAUCAGUGAAUAAACCUGGAUGAAUGGAACUUAA